GGCUAGCCAGGUGGACUACAAUUCCCGUCGUGCCCUGCGGAACUGCGGCUCCUAUGGUGCCUUGCGGGCCCAGCAUGGCUGCUGCUGUGUCCGUGCUGGGGGAGUGAAGCUGGUGGGGGGAGGAGGGGCUGCUGCCUCUGCUGCCCUGGGUGCCCGCCAUGGGGCUGAAGCCAUGGCAGAAGGCCCUGUUCCCGCUGUGCUCGGUAGAGAACGUGGUGCGGCUGUUCGAGGCUGAGCUGCAGCAGGACCAGCCCGAUCUGGUGCUGCUUUCGCUGGUGCUGGGUUUUGUGGAGCAUUUCCUGGCCGUGAACCGAGUCAUACCCACCAAUGUGCCGGGCAUCAGCUUCGAGCCACGCCUGGGCCCCGAGCCCGACAGCCUCACCUACUUCCCUGUGGCCGAGCUGUCCAUCGUGGCUGCGCUGUACGCCCGCUUCACCGCCCAGAUUCGUGGCGCUGUCGACCUGUCCCUCUACCCCAGGCCUGAGGGCUUCUCCUCCCGCGAGCUGGUCAAGAAGGUGUCAGACGUCAUCUGGAACAGCCUCAGCCGGUCCUACUUCAAAGACCGGGCCCACAUCCAGUCCCUCUUCAGCUUCAUCACAGGCACUAAGCUGGACAGCUCAGGGGUGGCUUUUGCUGUGGUGGGGGCCUGCCAGGUGCUAGGGCUGCUGGACGUGCACCUGGCGCUCUCGGAGGACCAUGCCUGGGUGGUAUUUGGCCAGGAUGGUGAGCAGACGGCCGAGGUGACCUGGCACGGCAAAGGCAAUGAGGACCGGCGUGGGCAGACCGUGAAUGCCGGUGUGGCUGAGCGGAGCUGGCUGUACCUGAAGGGCUCAUACCUGCGCUGUGACCGGCACAUGGAGGUGGCCUUCAUGGUGUGUGCCAUCAACCCCUCCAUCGACCUGCACACUGACAGCCUGGAGUUGCUGCAGCUGCAGCAGCGGCUCCUGUGGGUUCUCUACGACAUGGGGCACCUGGAGAGGUACCCGAUGGCACUGGGCAACCUGGCCGACCUGGAGGAGCUGGAGCCGACACCAGGCAGACCAGAUCCCCUCUCCACCUACCAUAAGGGCAUCAGCUCAGCCAGGAAGUACUACAACAACGAGCACAUCUACCCCUACAUGUACCUGGCUGGCUACCACUGUCGCAACAAGAAUGUCAAGGAGGCACUGGAGGCCUGGGCUGAUACAGCCACCGUCAUCCAGGACUAUAACUACUGCCGGGAGGACGAGGAGAUCUAUAAGGAAUUCUUCGAUGUGGCCAACGAUGUGGUUCCCAACCUGCUCAAGGAGGUGGCCAACCUGGCAGAGCCACUGGAGGAGAAAGGUGCUGUGGAGAGAGGAGAGGGGUCCCCGGCGCAGGCUGGGGGCUCAGCCCUGCAGGACCCUGAGUGCUUCGCCCACCUGCUGCGCUUCUAUGAUGGCAUCUGCAAGUGGGAGGAGGGCAGCCCCACGCCUGUGCUGCACGUGGGCUGGGCCACUUUCCUGGUGCAGUCGCUGGGGCGCUUUGAUGGGCAGGUGCGCCAGAAGGUGACAAUUGUGGCGCGGGAGACGGAGACCAAUGAGGACGAUGAGCAAGGCAGUGAGGAUCCCCGUGAGGGGCGCCGGCGUGGACCCCGCCGUGAGUCAAAGCCGGAGGAGCCACCCCUGCCCAAGAAGGCUGCCGAGCGCCGGCGCCCCAGCUCAGGCCAGCGGCCAGACAAGCCCUCUGUGGUGGAGAAGGAGGAGGGGGGGGCCCCUGUCCCGGGGGUCCCCCCUGCUCCCCUACCCGAGGGGCCUGUCCUCACCUUCCAGAGCGAGAAGAUGAAGGGCAUGAAGGAGCUGCUGGUGGCUGCCAAGAUCAACUCGAGUGCCAUCAAGCUGCAGCUCACAGCCCAGUCCCAGGUGCAGAUGAAGAAGCAGAAGGUGUCAGCCCCGAGAGACUAUACCCUGGCCUUCCUCAAGCGCCCACGCAAGUCCCUGUGAGCCCUGCGCUGGGGCGCAGUGCUACCCCCUGCCAGGCUCAGCUUCUCGGGGCGAGGAAUAGUUGUCUUUAAAUAGGGCAUGGGGAAGCGCCCUGCCCCCCGUCUCUCCUAGGUGCAGGGGCUGCCUCACCCCUGCCGUAGCUUUCCUCAGCUCCCCAUGGCGUGGGGGAGGGGGCUCUGUGAGUUCAAUGCUGGGGCAGGUGGGGCAGCUCUAAUAUUACCACUCCCAGAGACAAGAGCUGUCAUGGCCUCAGCCCCCUUGAGCUCUGGGGUUCAAGGGUGAUGAGUUCUGUGCAUUCUCCAUGUAUCUGGGAGAGCUGCAGGAAUUGGAUGGAGGGGCCCUUGGAGCCCAGUUAUGUGGGUUCCCUCUACUUUGCACCCCUUCUGCUGAGGAGAUAUGGCCCCCUCCCUUCUGACACACACUAGGGUUCUUCUGGGCGAGGUG